AUAAUAUGUUGCCAUACGAGUCUUAAGUACCAUAAUAUGAAACUAUAAAAAGAUUAAAAUAUAUGAUUAUAUUUUUACAAACUACGAAGUUGAAUUUAAGUGUGUCUUUAAAUUAAGGUUUUGCCAUCGAUUCGUCUCAACCUUUUAGGAUUGUUUAAUAUUAAUCUUAAAUUUUGUUAAUCAUGAUUUCUAUAAGCCGAAAUUAUUCAAUGACAAGUAAAGGGAGAGUGUUAAUCGGAGGUGGAACAGGAUUUGUUGGAAAAUAUUUAAAACAGUAUCUCAAGAAUCAAAAUUAUGAUGUUACUAUUAUAUCUAGAAAAAACAAUAAAUCUGAUUCUGUCAUAAGUUGGGAUCAGAUAAAAAAAAAUGAAAUUCCACAUGAUACUGUAGCCGUUAUUAAUGCUGCUGGCGAACCAAUUCUUGAACCUACACGAUUUUGGACCAGCAAGUUCAAAAAAACUGUAUGGGAUAGUAGAGUUAUGACUAAUCAAUACCUUGUGGAUGCAAUCAAUAAAAUGAAAACACCAAAACCGAAAUUAUUUAUAUCUUUUUCCGGAGUAGGAAUUUAUCCACCUAAUACAGAUAAAUGUAAACCAUAUACAGAAAGUUAUGAUGUUAAAGAAUUUGAUUAUUUAUCAAAAUUAGCAAUUGGGAUUGAAAAAAGUGCUAUACCAAAAUCAGAUGAUGUACGUUCAGUUAUAAUUAGAUUAGGGGUUGUAUUUGGCCGACAUGGUGGAUUUAUAAGUCAGCUUUAUCCAUUCUUUCGUUUUGGUUUAGGAAUAUGUAUGGGUAAUGGUUCUCAAUUCCUUCCUUGGAUACAUAUUGACGACGUUUGUCGUAUAGUGUUGUUUUCUAUUGAAAACAACGGUGUAGAAGGUAUUGUCAAUGGAGUUGCACCUGAAAUAAUUACCCAUCAAUACUUUGCCAAAAGUUUUGUUGAAGUCUUUGGUCAUAGUUUUGUGUUAAAAGUUCCAGGAAUUAUUUUCAAAUUAAUAUUUGGAAGAGAACGUGCUAAAAUGGUUUUAGAAGGACAAGCUGUUGAACCAACCAAAUUAAAUAACUUAAAUUUUGUUUACAAAUUACCUGAUGUCAAAACAGCAUUGUGUAGCGUGUCUAAAGAAUAAUUUGACACAUUGGCAACAAUUUUUAAUACAUUUGAUAGUGUUAAAGAUGAGAAUAAAGUUGAAUGUUUUUAUAAAGCUUCGUCUCCUGUUUGAUAAAGCUCCGCUUGUCCAUUUCUGUGUGUUAAUGGUUGUUUUUCUG